AGAGUUUGAAAACUCACAGUUGAAGUUCGCAGGGUGUCCUCCCGCCCAGGGGGAGCGGAGGCACCCGCUGGCGUGUGGUGACAGGAACCCAGCAGCCCCUGCAGUGCGGAGCUGGGCAGCGAGGAUUGCGGACAGCCCGAGGGGCACCCCUGGGUGACAGCCCCCGGCCGUGAUUAAUGGCUUGGGGAGAGGGAGCGGGCUGAUUAGUUGCUGGAUACUUUUUUGUUUUGGUUUGGUUUUUUGUUUGUUUGCUUUUGGGUUUUUGUUUUUUGUUUGUUUUGUUUUGUUUUUUGCUAUGUUUUAAAUUUUUGUGUUCUGUGUGGGUUCCUGGUGUCGUAUGGAAGUGCCACAGGCGGCCGGCACCCGGCUCAGGAGGUGACCGUGUGCUGUGUCACCCACAGGCGGUGAAGCACAUGAGGAGGAGUGCGUCGGCUGCUGCUGCGAGACAUGGCCCAGCGACCAUGGCGACGGAUGGGGAUGAAGCCCCCAGCCCCAGCGGCUGUCGGGGUGCUGUUGGCCCUGGCCCUGCUGGCUCUCAUCCACCUGCCCCAACCACCGGCCUGCUCCCCACUCCCGCUGCCAGCCUCGUCCCCUCCAGGGCCCCCAAGGGAGGUGGCUGCCCCCCUCUCUGGAGGACAAGCCCACAGAAAAAGGCUCCCCAUGCCCCUCACUCACCUGCAGCAGGAGCAGGCCCCUGGCCGGAGCAGGAGGCAGCGGGGGGUGGAGAGGGACACUCCUCCAUGGCUCUCUGCUGACGACCUCCAGAAGAUGCGGCUGCUGUCCAGUGGGCACGUGGUCUCCAAAACCCGCGUCCCUGCCCACGGGCAAAUCAUGCGGGUGGGGCUGCGUGCCAUGGGGGAUGCCAAGGGAGAUGCCAAGGGAGAUGUCACUCCAGCCAGCCCAGAAGGAGACUGCCAGGAUGGGCGCUGUGGGCUCAUCAAGCGCCCUGGGGACCUGUAUGAGGUGCUGGCCUUCCACCUGGACAGGGUGCUGGGCCUGAACCGCAGCCUGCCCGCCGUGGCCCGGCGCUUCACCAGCCGCCUCCUGCCCUACAGCUACACCGACGGCGCCCCGCGCCCCAUCAUCUGGUGGGCUCCUGACCUCCAGCACCUGGAGGAUGCCAACAAUGACCAGAACUCCUGCGCCCUGGGAUGGCUGCAGUACCAGGAGAUGCUGCAGCCCCACAGACCGACACUGGUGGCCGGGGACGCUCCCUGCUCCAGCAUCCCACACAGCGAGUGGAGCCGCCUGGCCCUCUUUGACUUUCUUCUCCAGGUUCAUGACCGCCUGGACCGCUACUGCUGUGGGUUUCAGCCAGAUCCCUCUGAGCCCUGUGUGGAGGAGAUGCUCCAUGAAAAGUGCCGGAAUCCAGCAGAGCUGGUCCUGGUCCACAUCCUGGUCCGAAGGAGCGCGCCGUCCCGCCUGGUGUUCAUCGACAACGCGGGGAGGCCACAGCACCCUGAGGAGAAGCUCAACUUCAGGCUCCUGCAAGGCAUAGACAGCUUCCCAGCAGCGGCGGUGGCCACGCUGCGGUCGGGCAGACUGCAGAGCCUUCUGCUGGAAUCGCUGCGCCUGGACCGGGAGCUCUGGGAGAGUCAGGGCGGCGCCGGGGGGCUGAGACCCCUGCUCCGCACCAUUGACAGGCGGGCACGCGUCCUACUCCGCCACAUCCGGGAGCACAACCUGACGCUGUUUGAGGACUCGCCGCGCUGAACCGACCGCCGGCUGGCUCAGAGUCCCUGCCUUGCACAUCCCAGCGGCCAUGGAUGGACCUCAUGCCCUCGGCAUGGAUGUUGUGAGGCUCCGUGCUGGUGCUUGGCUCUCUGCAAGGUGUUUCCCCCCCCACCUUGCAGGAUGCUCUGGAGAAGCAGAUGGAAUCACAGGGAGUAGGAAAGAUGGGGAGGAGAUGUCUCCUAAGACAACUCACAACUGCUUGAGAAGGGCAACAGCCAUCAGCAUGGAUUUUCAAAGGAAGGGCACAUCCAUGAGGUUUUUUGGGUGCCUUCACUCACACACACACAAACACACAGCACCUGUGAAAGCUGGAGGCUUGGACAGUUGAACAGCUGGCAGGGACCCUGGGAAGAGUUAAAGAAGCAGUGGAAGAAGUCACUGGCAGCCUUUCCAGGUUUGUACUGGGCUUUUUCAUGAUGCCUUCACUAUUUCCAAAACAUCCCAGGCAGAGAGGCAGGGGGAAAGCAGAGGGGAGCUUUCUAAGUGGAUUAAGCAAAGACAAGACACUAGAGCUGAGCUCUGCCUUACUCCCAGGCACACAUCUCCUCUUCUGCAGGGGGAGACUGAAGCCUGAAGCUGGACUAGGCAGGACCCUGGAGCUCAGCAGCAUUGGGUAGCAGCUGUCCUCAUGUAGCCCAUGGUACCAUCCCUGGUGAGAGCCAUGUGCCAUGAUCCAUGCAUGUACCCUGGUAGGCCUGGGCUGCUGCCAAGGCAUGCUCUCAAUGUUGGAUUUGAAGACUUAAAUCUCUCAUUCACUCUUUCCCUUUGCUGUCAGGGGAUGAAAGGCAAAACUACCCCACUUCUGAAAAGCACUCCUGGCUGCUCUCUUGGGCAUAAUUGCACUAACUCUUCCCCAGGAUUGCAGAAAAAUGUUUUAACAAAAAUACCAGGCUAUUUUAGCAGAAGGCAGUCGAGUGCAAAAUGCUUUCUGAGCAUGCUGGCACCUCUGGCAGAGCCCAUCCGGCUCCUGUCACCCCUCAGGCUCUUGCCCAGCAGCCUGCUGUGAUAAAGCACAGCAGCAUCCCAGCUAGGCAGGUCCUCAAGCCAGAGCUGAGAGAUAGUUCAAAAUCAAAAUGAACAGGAGGAAAAAAAGAUGCCGGGAUGGGCUCUAUCAUUCCCUGCAGUGUUUCCCACCUGAUGCAUGCAGCCAGUGUUUGCAUGCCCGGAGCAGUCAGUUCCUGGCCUGUGGGUUUAUGGUUUGCCACUAGAAGGCUUUUUAAAGGGGCCUCUGGGAGCAGCCCUCCAUUUCUCCAUUUCUCCAGUGUUACAGGCAGAGCUUCCAUGCUUCAGGCACUCAGAUUCACUUGUGCCUUUGGAAAGUGUCAGUGAGACUGGCAUGGGUGCCCAGCUGCACCAUGGUGCAGCUGUCCCAUUGCAAUAGCUUUGGAGAACACGGCCACCCAUGCAGUGGGCGAGGAAAAGCUGGGUAUGGGUACCUUCCCUGCUCCAUCCUUCUCAGCACUACGUCAAUUUGAGAGCGUGCAAGGGGAUGCUUUAACACCCAUGCUGAUAAGCACAAUCAAUUACCUUUUUUCCUUCUUUUCCCUCUUGCUGGAGAGAGGGUGAAGCGAGAUGUGGGUGACAUGAAUCAACAAGCAGGCAUGAGUGCUCUCAGGAAGCAUCAGCACUCAGCAUCACAGGCACAGCAGCAUCCAAAGUGCCAUCAGCUUGUUCCUGGAGUCCUGCCCUCCAAUUAGCCAGGGAGAGCCUUUCCCCCAGCACUCUCUCCACCCUGUGAGUUAUCAUCCCAUUUGCUGCACCAUGGGAUGGAUGGGUCAUGGAAGCCCCAGUAAAGCUUGAAUUGUGGGGAUUUAUUACGGGGAGGUGAGCUUAGCUCGUAAGCUUGCAAGAGAACAAAAUAACUCAUCCUGGGUCCUAUGAAAAACCAUACCCAGGCAUGGCUGUGUAAGAGUACAGGAUACGAAAUGUAACAUGAUUAAAUCCAAAAAAUAUGCUGUGAAAAACUGUGAGGUAACAAGAGCAUUAGUUAGGAUGUGCAGCAUCAGUCAGAGUCGUUUUUUCUCAUUAAAGGGAGACAUUUCAUUAAAAGUGAGGUUUUCAUCCCAUGUAAGCCAAGUUCUCAGCAAGAAUCAAGAGACAGGUGUGGGGUCUGCACAGUGGCCAAAGCUGUGGACUUUGCUGUGCUGGACCAACAGCUUUUGCCUUGCCUCUGGUUGCAUCUGCUCAGCCUUAACAUUGCAUAAAGUAGUGGGGCUUUUUUUGCGUUUCUUUAGUUGUAACAUGAGUUUGCUGGCUAAGCACGUGUGGGAACAUCUGUAAGCAGUAAUACAUGUGAAUAAAAAUCCCUCGUGAUUUAACAAAGA